GGGAUAUCAUCCAUAUACUUUGACUUCGAUGUUUGAACGGCUGCUGGAUUUUUAACUUUUUCCCAUGAAAGUCUAUUAUAAGAAGUAAAAAUGACCGAGGAUGAAGACAUUAAAAUGAUUAAAUAUAAAAAAGAAAAUGAAUGUUAUGGAAAUACUUGUAACAAUGAAUUUGUGUCAAGAAUUAGAUGGCCUGAUUUGCUAGUUCAAAUUUUUAUCCAUGUUGGGUGUUUGUAUGGAUUGUAUUUGUGUAUUGUAGCCGCUAGAUUUUAUACUGUGAUGUUCGCUAUUUGCACAAUUUAUACAUCCGGUUUUGGUAUAACAGCCGGAGUUCAUAGGUUAUGGUCACAUAGGGCUUACAAAGCUAAAUGGCCCCUUCGUUUAUUGCUAGUCCUUUUAUUUACAAUAACUGGUCAAAGACACGUUUAUAUCUGGGCUUUAGAUCAUCGCGUUCACCACAAAUACAGCGAAACGGACGCCGAUCCUCAUAAUGCGAAAAGAGGGUUUUUAUUUUCGCACGUCGGAUGGUUAGUUUUAACUCCUCACCCGGAUGUUGUUGCGAAAAGAAAAGUCGUCGAUAUGAGCGAUCUCGAAGAAGACUCAAUAGUUAUGUGGCAGAAAAAGUAUUAUCCAAUCUUAUUUUUUAUCUUCACCAUUGCUUUACCAGUUGGUUUACCAAUUUAUUGUUGGAAUGAAACGUUAUGGAAUUCGUUUUGGAUCAAUUUUAACUUGCGUUUUUGUAUUACGUUAAACAUAGCUUUUUUUGUGAAUAGUGUGGCUCAUAUGUGGGGACAAAAACCUUAUGAUAAAAAUAUAAGUCCAGUUGAAAAUUUGGCUGUUUCAAUAGCAGCUUUAGGUGAAGGCUGGCAUAAUUACCAUCACGUAUUUCCAUGGGAUUACAAAACGGGUGAACUGGGUGUUAAAUAUAACCCAUCGACGUAUUUCAUUAAUUUUUUUGCUCGGUUGGGAUGGGCAUACGAUUUAAAAAGUGUCUCCCCUGAAAUGAUUUAUAGAAGGGCGACAAAAUCGGGCGACGGAAGUUUUAUUUGGGGAUACGGAGAUGGCGAUAUCGCCAAAGAAGAUUUGGAGGAAUUAGAAAUGAUGAAUAAUAAUCAUUUGGAUUAAAAACGUCGUAUUAUUGAGAUGGUACAUACUUUUUAAUUGUUGCAUCACGUGCCUAAAGUGUAAUUAAACUAAUUAAUAAUAACAGUAUUUACUUUGUAUUUUUGAUAUAAUACGCUAAAGCUUUUUGUAAGUGAUUAUUAAAGAGAAAUGUAUUUAUUUGUGAAUGUGAAAUAAAUUGUUGAACGUUUUAAUUAAA